AAGAAGCCAAAUAUGGAUGCAGGAAACUCCACCAAGGAAAUGGUCCUCAUUACAGGAGGAGGAGGCUAUUUUGGUUUCCGUUUAGGUUGUGCCCUGUCCCAAAGGGGAGCGGACGUGAUUCUUUUUGAUGUCUCCAAGCCCAUCCAAGAGAUGCCAGAAGGUGUGAAAUUUGUCCAGGGCGACAUCCGGCACGUCUCUGAGUUGGAAGGAGCCAUCCAAGGCGUGGAUUGCAUCUUCCACAUCGCUUCCUAUGGGAUGUCCGGCCGGGAGCAGUUGAACCGCAAACGUAUAGAAGACGUCAAUGUGAGAGGAACCGAGAACGUCAUCCAGGCUUGUAGGAAACAUGGCGUCUCGAAGCUGGUUUACACUAGCACUUACAACGUGGUGUUUGGGGGCCAAGUGAUCAAAAACGGGAAUGAGUCGUUGCCUUAUCUACCUCUCCACCUUCAUCCGGACCACUAUUCAAGAACCAAAGCUCUAGCAGAGAUGAAGGUUCUGGAAGCAAACGGGACCUUCUUUGGAGAUGGGCCAGGGGUACUGAGAACCUGUGCUCUGAGGCCUGCUGGUAUCUUUGGACCUGGAGAACAGAGACACCUGCCAAGAAUUGUCCGCUACAUUGAACAGGGGUGGUUCCGGUUUGUGUACGGGGAUCCCUGCAGUUUAGUAGAGUUUGUCCAUGUCGAUAAUCUGGUUCAAGCUCACAUUUUAGCGGCGGAGGCACUAGGAUUCCCCCAGGGGCAUAUCGCAGCGGGGCAGGCGUACUUCAUCUCAGACGGUCGACCGGUGAACAACUUUGAAUUUUUCCGCCCAUUGGUGGAAGAUUUGGGCUACACGUUCCCUACUCUCCGCCUGCCUCUUUCGCUCAUUUAUGUCUUUGCCUUUCUCACCGAGAUGGUUCACUUUGUCGUGGGGCGGUUGUAUAAUUUCCAGCCCCUCCUGACUCGCACGGAAGUGUACAAAACCGGUGUCACGCAUUACUUCAGUUUGGAAAAGGCCAAGAAGGAGCUGGGCUACGAACCUGAGCAGUACAGCCUAAAAGAAGUGGUUGAAUGGUUUAAGGCCCAGGGCCAUGGACGGAAGCCCAAAACAUACACCCUAAAACAUUUGCUUAGGGAUACAGCGCUAGUCCUGCUGUUUUCUGUGGUGAUCCUUUCAUGGCUGCCCAAAGCAGUAUGGGGAUCUGACAGGGGGACCUAA